AUGGCUGAGAAAAUCACUCUUUUUGAAAACUUCCUGAGCUGCCACAUGUGCUCGGAGACUUUCAAAGAUCCCGUGUCUCUGAGCUGCAACCACAGCUUCUGUUCCAGCUGCCUGAAGGAAUUCUGGGAAAAAGCUCAGAACAAAAACUGUCCCAUUUGUAAAAGAAAAUCCUCAAAGGACCUAAUAGUGAACUUUCGUAUGAAGGGAGUGGCCGACUCUUUUGCUGGCAGACAGAAAGAUGGAUCAUCUGAGGCUGAAGGAGAGAAGAAGGUGGAGCUGGUGUGUCAGAAACAUCCAGAAGAGCCCAGAUUAUUCUGUAAAGAUGAGGACAGAGUCCUGUGUCCUGUCUGUGAGUUUUCUCUUCACCACAGUCACAAAAUGGUUCCUGUAGAAGAAGCCGUCAGUGAGGUGAAGGAGCAGCUGAAAUCUGACUUAAAGUCUCUGCAGGACAAGAGAGACCAAUACCAACAAACAGAGAAGACGUACCAUGAAAUGAUCCAACACUCCAAGAAGCAGCUGGUGUGGACGGAGAGGAAGAUCAGAGCAGAGUUCAAGAAUCUCCAGCAGCUCCUGAAAGAGGAAGAGGAGUCCAGGCUGGCGGCUGUGAGGGAGGAAGAGGAGACGAAGAGGAAGACGGUGAGCAGAGAGAUGAAGAAGAUUCAGGAGCAGAUCUCCUCUCUGUCUCAGAGUAUCGGUGCUGUUGAAGAAGAGCUGCAGAAACACAGCGUGUCCUUCCUCAGCAGUUAUAAAGACACUCAGAGCAGAGCCAGAGCCCGCUGCUCCGUGUCCCAUCCACAGCUGGUCUCCGGAGCGCUGAUCCAUGUCAGCAAACACGUUGGCAACCUGUCUGUCCGAGUGUGGGAGAAGAUGAAGGACAGGCUCAGCUUCAGACCGGUCAUUCUGGACCCAAACACUGCAAACAGCUGUCUCUAUCUGUCUGAUGAUCUGACCUCUGUGAGAAAUGGAGACACAGAGCAGCAGCUUGCUGAUAAUCCAGAGAGAUUUACUAAUUAUGCCAAUGUUCUGGGCUCUGAGGGCUUCAGCUCAGGGAAACACAGCUGGGACGUGGAGGUGGGAGACCAUCCUCGCUGGAAUUUGGGUUUGGCUAAAGAGUCAGUGGACAGGAAGGGAGAGAGAUCAGCUUCACCAAAAUAUGGAAUCUGGUGUUUAUCGCAUCGCAGUGGAAAAUACACAAAUAGUCUCAAUCAGACUGUCAGAGUGAAGAAGAGUCCUCAGAGGGUCCGAGUCCAGCUGGACUAUGAUGUCGGAGAGGUUUCCUUCUAUGACCCUGAAGACAUGACUCACAUCUACACUCACAGAGACACUUUCACUGAGAAACUCUUCCCUUACUUCUAUGUUGGAGAGUCUGGUGAUGCUAAAACAUCAGAAAUCCAAAUCUGUCCCCGUCAGAUUUCUGUGAUGUUCAUGGAGGGCGCCGAGGUCUGA